AUGGACAGCAAGAUGAAGUCCAUGUAUUACCACCAAGUUGGGAAUUUGGUUGAUCAACAACCUGGUAGAAAGAUGCCACCGCCUCCGGAAAAUCCAAUACAUCCCGACCGAGAUCACUUCGCCGGGUACGGUCCGGCAGCAACGGCGGGUUCAAGAUCCAUCCCCUCUGCAUCCAUGAGCCCUACCCUUGAUGUGGGUGAUCGUAUAAUGGCCGAAAAGGUUUCAUACAUCUUUUGGAAGCCAGAAGUUUCAGAUAUUGUGAUCUUCAAGGAUCCUCCCAUUCUUCAGGAAUUUGGCUACAGUUCUGGUGAUGUAUUUAUAAAAAGAAUUGUAGCAAAGGCUGGAGAUUGGGUUGAGGUAAGAGGAGGUAAACUACUAGUGAAUGGUGUAGCACAAGAUGAAGAAUUCAUCUUAGAGCCAUUAAAAUACGAAAUGAAACCUAUGGUAACUUUUUUUCCCUUCAACUCCAUAUAAAGCCUUCAUUAUGCUAAUU